AUGGUGAAAAUCAAUAUCAAAUCCAAAAAUAAUAAAACCAAGAAAUCCAAUAAAGUUAUUAAAACUAUUGACACAGUCAUACCGGUUUCAACUCCCGUAGGUUCAGUUCAUUUUGAUGAAUUUCUAAAAAUAUGCAAAGAGCCAAAAUUAAUUCUAAAUACAAUCGAAACCGCUUCAAAAACAAAAAUAAUAAAUCAAACGAUAAGUAAGAAAAUAAAGAAAGAUAAGAAAAAUAAAAAAACUGAGAAAUCUAAGAAAAUAAGAAUUUCUAAAGAGAAGGAAGUCGUUAAACCAGAUAAUAUUCUUCUGACACCUCAACCAACAUUAUUUCCAUUGAUCAAGGCUUUGUUAUUACCAUCCGAAGACGAUGCUUUUGAUGAAAAUACAUUAUUUUCAGAAUUUGUUGUUGGUAAACCUGAAAAAAUCAUUUUAAAACAAUCUUCAAUUCGAGAAUUAACAAUGAUUGAACAACAGGCCAAUGACACUGUUGACGAAAUAAAUAAAUUAGAAGAAAAAAUCAAAAAACUGAUGGAGAAACCUAAAUUAAGUGAAUCUGAAAUUAUUGAAUUGGAAAAACAACAAUUGCUUGUUAUGAAGUUACUAAACGAUUUUGAAAACAACUUGGCAAAAAUUCGAGAUAUUUUUAAGAAUGACAAUUUAGACAACACUAAUAAAAUUGACGUAAAUGGAGAACUUAUUAAAUGUCAUAUCGUCGAUAAGACUGAACCACAUAAUAUG